CUGUGACCGGAGCAAACCGGAGCCUUGUGGGCACGGGCUGGGCUGAGAGCUUGGGAAAGACCUGAUCCAACCAAGGGAAAACCAAGUGAAAUUGGACUUGCAGCCAGUGAGGAGUCAUCCUGUGAGUGGAGCAGGAAGUGAGCACUGAGGAGCAGGUUUUCCACACCGGCAGCUCUAGAGGGACAUGAGCAUUUCAUCGGAGCACAAGCCCCUUCGGAAGCAGGUCACGGGCAGCCUGCAUACGUUGUCCCCAAUUGUGGAGUUAAAUGUCGGUGGGGAGAUGUACACAACAACCCUGAGCACCUUAAAGAAACACCCUGGCUCCAAGCUGGCAGAGAUGUUCACCGGUCAGCCCAAGCUGAGGACUGACUCCGAAGGGAGGUUCUUCAUCGACAGGCCAGGCACCUACUUCAAAUACAUCCUCGAGUACCUUCGUAGUAACCAAGUGCCCACCCAGUGCGUCCAGGACGUCUAUAAGGAGGCUUUGUUCUACGACAUCGAGCCUCUGAUCAAACAGCUUGAGGACUCCCCACAGCUCUUUGGGGAGCUCGUGGCCAGGAAGCAGUUCCUGGCUCGUGUACCCAACUACAGCGAGAACAUCGAGCUCAUGAUCCGCAUUGCAAGGGCAGAGGCAGUCGCAUCCCGUCGCUCCAGCGUCAUCGUGUGCGUGGUGAAGACCGAGGAGGAUGUGGCCAAGUGUCAGGAUGCCUUGAGCAGCUUGGACAUGGAUAAGAAGUCCGUGGUGAAGUUUGGGCCCUGGAAGGCAGCGCCAAGUGUUUUUGACCUGUUGGACUGCAUCCAGAUGGAUGUGGAAGCCAGAGGGUAUAAAAUAGCCUUUCAGCCCCAUGUUGCUGAAAAAGGGUUCCGCUUCAAAUCGCAUGACUUCUUCUACAAGUUCCUGUUCACUUGGUGGUAGCCAAGUGCCCCCAAAGGGAAUUCCAAUGGGAAUGAAGGGAAGUAAUUAUUAAACCAAAUUAAGUUGGGCUGUGGAGAGUAAGUUAUGGAUUACAGCAAGGACAGGAGGAA